CUUCAUAUCAUUAGUUUCUAACAUCACCAUGGUGAGGCUAAUGAGGGACAAAACGCAGCAAGCAGUUAGUGCCUUGUUUGGUCCCAUUGCUUCAUUUCAUGUCUUUGUUUCUUCCAUGAAUUGAAAAUCAAAUUCGUGAAGUUGAAGAUGGGACGACGCGGAGAACACUGAAACCAGAAAAACAUGACAUGAAAAUUGAAUAAUACCAAUAAACGAAAUAUCCCAUAUUAAAUAUCUCCUCUCUUACACUUUAUUAAUAUCCCAACCUCCCAAUCAUUAAACACGCCCAUCUAAUCAUUCGCCCAAAAUAUCCCUCACACUUGCUCUGUAACAACUGCCCUCACCGUCACCGGUACCCAUGUCCGCUGCUGCUGCUGCUGCUGUCGUUGCCUUGGCGGAUCAGCUCGCCACUCCUAUCCUAGACGCCGAAUCCCCCAAUCUCCUCCAAUCCAUUUCUUCUCACGGAGGCUACGCUUACGUUAGCAUGGCCACCCUCGCUGCCUCCGGUGACUUCCGAGCGGCGGAAGCCGCUCGUGAGAUGGCUUGGGAGCAGCUUCAUUCUGGUCCAUGGCAUUCUGUUCUCCCCGUCUGGCGGGACGCCUACGCAAUGGCGUGUCUCUACGUGGCCAAGUUCCAUUAUCGAAACGGUGAGUUCAAGGAUGCGCUUAGGGUUUUGGAUAUGGGGUUGAUCAUGGGAGGAAUGUUGUUGAGGAAGGAUUUGGAUUCAGCUAUUGAAAUCAUAUCGGUAAAAGCGAGAGAAAAUAAUGGUCAAAGCGAGGGUUGUGAGAAAUCGGAGCUUAUAUUGAUUCGGGAAGCCGAGCUUGAGAAGUCGGAGGUGCUUCAUUUUUUACCUGCCAAGUCCUUAUCUAGCAAGAUUGUGGGGAAGAGAUCUGCUCUAUCUUUGGAGGCUUUUCUACGUGAACAUUUCUUAUGUGGUUGUCCUGUUAUAAUUAGUGAUUGUAUGGCUCAUUGGCCUGCCAGGACAAAGUGGAAUGACAUGGAUUACCUCAAAAAGGUUGCUGGUGAACGCACGGUUCCAGUUGAGGUUGGGAAAAACUAUUUAUGCCAAGAGUGGAAACAAGAACUUAUAACGUUUUCCCAGUUUCUUGAGAGGAUUCAGUCCAGUGGUUCUUCUUCUGAUGUGCCCACCUAUCUUGCACAGCAUCCAUUGUUUGAUCAGAUAAAUGAGCUGAGGAAUGACAUUUGCAUUCCUGACUACUGUUUUGUUGGUGGUGGGGAGCUUAGAUCUCUUAAUGCUUGGUUUGGUCCAGCUGGGACAGUUACACCAUUGCACCAUGAUCCACACCAUAAUAUACUUGCGCAGGUUGUUGGCAGAAAGUAUAUUAGGCUUUACCCUGCUUCGUUGUCUGCAGAACUUUAUCCAUAUAGUGAAACCAUGCUUUGCAAUUCCAGCCGGGUUGAUCUGGACAAUGUAGACGAGAGAGAAUUUCCAAAUAUGCGUGACUUAGAAUUUCUGGACUGCAUUUUAGAAGAAGGGGAAAUGAUUUACGUCCCACCAAAAUGGUGGCACUAUGUCCGAUCUCUGACAACGAGUUUCUCGGUUAGCUUUUGGUGGAGCGACUCAGGAAGUUGAGGCGUGUCAUGAUGUUAGUGUUUUCAUGCUAUGAUUUUACCUAGCAUAGUGCUAAGAUAUCAACUGGGUGUACUGCAAAAAUAUCGGAGGUACAUUUUUGUACUGAGAGACCAAAAGCGGGUUAAUCGACAAUUAUAGAAAAUGCAUAUGACUGUUGUUAAGCCAAGGGAUUGGUGAUGAUUUAAUCAUAGGAAGUUUGGUGAUAGAAACUAUUAACAUAGUCUGCAAUAUUUUAAGUUAGCAAAAGUGGGAGUCCACCUUUCUAUUGUGAUCUCGUACUCAUGUCUCCUAUGGAAGAGAUUCUGUUUCCAUUGUGAUACUGGAGUAAUGGAGGUUGAUCUGAUUUUAUUAUUA